ACAGCUUUACUGCCCUGAAGAGAAGAGGCUGUGAUCGGAAUCAUUUUUGUAGCUUUGCCGGUGUCUGAAACGGCCACGGUCCAUCGCUUUGAGUGACUCUCCUUAAAGAAGUCUGGGGCUGUGUCUGCUUGAAAAUGGUCAUUUGUUUUCUAGAGUAAAGCUCUCUGUUCAAUUUUCCUGUGGAGGAGAGCUUUUCUGGAUGUGCUUUUCAGGCACAAAAUUAACACUAGUAGUCAAGAGAGGCCUUUGGUAUCUACACUGAAAGACUGGGCUUUUCCUUUAGUUAUUCCAGAUGUAUUGUCUCAUCUCUAUACUUGAAACAUCCACAAUUUCUAUAAAUUCCAGAUGUAGCCAUGGAGUUCUGUGACCUAUUGAGCCAUAUGAAAAGUAUUAUUGAGUUCUGGGACCAGACAUCUUUUCAUCAGAUCAACAAUUAAACUAAUGUAUUAUCUGCUACUCAAGACAACGGUUGGAAAUAAAAUUAAACAUCUGCAAAAAGAACUCUCUGCCCAAUGUGCUUUGUGAGAAACAUUUAGUAGUGAUCCCACUUGGAGCUUCAUUUGCAAGGUAUUACCUAGUGGGUCUCCAGAUUUCCCUUUAUAUUCCCUCAGGUUUUAGCAAAUGCUGAAGGAGGAGAGCAGUCUACUAUGACCAGUCCUUGGGAAGAGAAGGCCUGCAAAAUGGCUCAAACCAGUUUGCUGCAGGGGAAGCAGUUUUACUGUAGAGAGUGGGUUUUCCACAAGCUUCAACAUUGCCUCCAGGAGAAAACUAACUGUAGUAACAGUGCUAUCAACAACCCAUCCCUCGUGAAUCCUGGGAAUAAUGCUAGUGUUGUCUCUGGGAAAGGAGCAGCCUGGGGUGUGUUGUUGGUAGGAGGGCCUGGCAGUGGAAAGACAGCCCUCUGUACUGAGCUAUUAUGGCCAAGUUCACCUACAAGUUUGCAGAGAGGUUUACAUCGACAAGCCCUGGCCUUUCAUUUUUGCAAAGCCCAGGACUCUGACACCCUCUGCGUUGGAGGAUUUGUUCGAGGUCUAGUUGCCCAGAUCUGCCACAGUGGACUAAUCCAGGGGUACGAGGACAAGCUAAGGGAUCCAGCAGUCCAAAGCCUCUUACAGCCUGGGGAAUGCGAGAGGAACCCAGCUGAAGCUUUUAAAAGGUGUGUUCUCCUCCCUCUUUUGGGAAUGAAGCCACCCCAACAGAGUCUCUAUCUGCUUGUUGAUUCUGUUGAUGAAGGUUGUAAUAUUGCUGAAGGUGAACAGACUUCAGGCUUGUCUGGGACUGUGGCAGAGCUGUUAGCUGGUCAUCAUGAAUUCUUUCCACCUUGGCUGCUACUUCUCUGCUCUGCACGCAAACAGAGUAAGGCUGUUACCAAAAUGUUUACAGGCUUUCGAAAAAUAAGUCUUGAUGAUCUUCGGAAAGCUUACAUUGUUAAGGAUGUCCAACAGUACAUUCUCCAUCGUCUGGAUCAAGAAGAAGCCUUGAGACAACACCUCACAAAGGAAACUGCAGAAAUGUUGAAUCAGCUCCAUAUCAAAAGCAGCGGUUGUUUCCUUUAUCUAGAACGAGUUCUAGAUGGAGUUGUGGAAAAUUUUAUUAUGUUAAGAGAAAUCCGUGAUAUUCCUGGAACCCUCAAUGGGCUAUAUCUCUGGCUCUGUCAAAGACUUUUUGUGAGGAAACAAUUCGCAAAAGUUCAACCUAUUCUGAAUGUAAUUCUUGCAGCAUGCCGACCACUCACCAUAACAGAAUUAUAUCAUGCAGUAUGGACCAAAAAUAUGUCAUUGACCAUAGAAGACUUCCAACGCAAAUUAGAUGUACUCUCAAAACUUCUUGUUGAUGGACUAGGAAAUACUAAAAUACUGUUUCAUUAUAGUUUUGCAGAGUGGCUACUAGACGUCAAACAUUGCACACAAAAAUAUUUAUGUAAUGCAGCAGAGGGACACAGAAUGCUUGCAAUGAGUUAUACCUGUCAAGCAAAAGAUUUAACUCCUUUAGAAGCUCAAGAAUUUGCAUUACACUUGAUUAAUUCAAACUUGCAAUUAGAGACUUCUGAGUUAGCUCUCUGGAUGAUAUGGAAUGGUACACCUGUCCGAGAUUCUCUGUCUACUUUGAUCCCCAAAGAACAGGAAGUCUUGCAGCUGUUGGUAAAAGCAGGCGCACACGUCCACAGCGAAGAUGAUCGCACCUCUUGCAUUGUCCGGCAAGCCUUAGAAAGGGAAGAUUCUAUUCGAACCUUAUUAGACAAUGGAGCGUCUGUAAACCAGUGUGAUUCAAACGGGAGAACUUUGUUGGCUAAUGCUGCAUAUAGUGGCAAUCUUGAUGUCGUUAAUUUACUCAUUUCCAGGGGAGCAGAUUUGGAAAUUGAAGAUGCUCAUGGCCAGACAGCGCUGACACUGGCUGCUCGUCAGGGACAUACCAAGGUGGUUAACUGUUUGAUAGGCUGUGGAGCGAAUAUCAAUCACAAUGAUCAUGACGGCUGGACAGCAUUACGGUCUGCUGCUUGGGGAGGUCACACUGAGGUUGUUUCUGCUCUCCUUUAUGCUGGCGUCAAAGUGGAUUGUGCAGAUGCCGAUAGUCGAACUGCCUUGAGAGCGGCAGCCUGGGGAGGGCAUGAAGAUAUUGUGCUGAAUUUACUUCAGCAUGGUGCUGAAGUUAACAAAGCUGAUAACGAAGGGAGAACUGCUCUGAUAGCCGCAGCGUAUAUGGGACACAGAGAAAUUGUGGAGCAUUUGCUGGACCAUGGGGCCGAAGUGAACCAUGAGGAUGUGGAUGGGAGGACCGCACUCUCUGUGGCUGCCCUCUGUGUGCCUGCCAGUAAAGGGCAUGCGUCCGUUGUUAGUCUUUUAAUUGACCGUGGCGCUGAGGUGGAUCACUGUGAUAAAGAUGGCAUGACUCCCUUGUUGGUAGCUGCCUAUGAAGGACACGUGGAUGUUGUCGAUUUGCUUCUAGAAGGGGGAGCAGAUGUGGAUCACACAGAUAACAAUGGCCGGACUCCCCUUUUAGCAGCAGCUUCUAUGGGUCAUGCUUCAGUAGUAAAUACACUUUUAUUCUGGGGUGCUGCCAUUGAUAGCAUCGAUAGUGAAGGUAGGACAGUCCUCAGCAUAGCUUCAGCACAAGGAAAUGUUGAGGUGGUACGAACUCUGCUGGACAGAGGAUUAGAUGAAAAUCACCGGGACGAUGCAGGAUGGACACCAUUGCACAUGGCAGCUUUUGAAGGCCACAGGUUAAUAUGUGAAGCGCUUAUUGAGCAAGGAGCCAGAACAAAUGAAAUAGAUAACGAUGGCCGUAUACCUUUCAUUUUAGCUUCCCAAGAGGGACAUUAUGAUUGUGUACAGAUAUUACUGGAAAAUAAGUCUAACAUUGAUCAAAGAGGAUAUGAUGGAAGGAAUUCCUUGCGGGUUGCUGCUUUAGAAGGACACAGGGACAUUGUUGAACUACUUUUUAGCCAUGGAGCAGAUGUUGACUACAAAGAUGCUGAUGGCCGACCCACACUUUACAUUUUGGCUCUUGAAAAUCAACUUACGAUGGCUGAGUACUUUUUAGAAAAUGGUGCAAAUGUAGAAGCAAGUGAUGCUGAGGGGAGGACGGCACUUCAUGUUUCCUGCUGGCAGGGUCAUUUAGAAAUGGUGCAGCUUUUGAUGACAUACCAUGCUGAUAUUAAUGCUGCGGACAAUGAAAAGCGGUCUGCUUUGCAGUCCGCAGCCUGGCAGGGCCAUGUAAAGGUGGUCCAGGUUUUAAUUGAACAUGGGGCUGUAGUGGACCACACAUGUAAUCAAGGUGCAACUGCUCUCUGCAUUGCUGCUCAAGAAGGACACAUUGAUGCUGUGCAGAUAUUGCUAGAACAUGGUGCUGACCCAAACCAUGCAGAUCAAUUUGGACGUACUGCUAUGCGAGUUGCUGCCAAAAAUGGACAUUCUCAGAUAAUUAAAUUAUUGGAAAAAUAUGGUGCAUCUAGUUUAAAUGGUUGUUCACCAUCUCCUGUUCACACAAUGGAGCAAAAGCCUUUGCAGUCGGUGUCUUCAAAAAUGCAAUCAUUAACAAUAAAGUCAAAUAGUUCUGGGAGUACUGGUGGAGGAGAUAUGCAGCCUACAUUGCGGAGCUUAUCAAAUGGGCCAACUCACGCAUUCAGUUCUCCUUCAGAAUCUCCAGAUUCCACAGUUGAUCGCCAGAAAUCAUCACUGUCAAAUAAUUCUCUUAAAAGCUCCAAAAAUUCUUCUUUGAGAACUACUUCUUCAACAGCAACUGCUCAGACAGUCCCCAUUGAUAGCUUCCACAACAUGUCUUUUACAGAGCAGAUACAGCAGCAUUCGUUGCCACGAAGCCGAAGUAGACAGUCAAUUGUUUCCCCAUCUUCUACAACACAGUCCUUAGGACAGAGUCAUAAUUCACCAAGUAGUGAGUUUGAGUGGAGCCAAGUAAAGCCCAGUUUGAAAUCAACUAAAGCAAGUAAAGGAGGGAAAUCAGAAAAUUCUAACAAAUCUGGUUCUGCUGGGAAAAAAUCUAAACCUAGCAAUUCUUCACAACCAAAAGUUUUAGAAUAUGAAAUGACUCAGUUUGAUAAAAGGGUACCUGUUGCCAAAUCUGGGACUAGUACACCACUUAAGCAAAUGCCAACAGAAUCACAGUGUAAAAUUAUGAUUCCUCCAUCUCAGCAAGAAGUUGGUCGAUCUCAGCAGCAAUUCCUAAUUCAUCAACAAAGUGGUGAACAGAAGAAGAGAAAUGGAAUAAUGACAAAUCCAAAUUAUCACCUACAAAACAAUCAAGUUUUCCUCGGUAGGGUUUCAGUCCCACGAACAAUACAGGAUAGAGGGCAUCAGGAAGUUCUAGAAGGCUAUCCUCCUGCAGAGACAGAGUUAAGCCUUAAACAAGCCCUGAAGCUUCAGAUUGAUGGCUCAGAUCCAAGUUUCAACUACAAAAAGGAAACACCUUUAUAAAAGUUCCUAUUUCUGUGAAACGGAGACAUUUGUCGCUAGCAUGAUUCAUCAGCUGCCUGGGACAAAAGCAUCUAAUGCCUGUUGAACAGCUGGAGAAAUGAAGACUGUGAUCUCUGCAGUAGUUACCUUCAUUACUAUAACGUGCCUACAUUUGAAGGCUGCCUUCUCAGUGUAAUCCUCUGUGCUUCAAAAUUUUAUUUUGUGUACUUUGUAUUCACUACACAGAAUAAGCACUUUUUUUCUCAAAUGCAGAUACAUAUUGGCUGCAUUUCCCUGACACAAGCUGAAAAAAAAUCGAGUAAGCAAUUUUGAGUUAAUAGUUCAAGGUUUGAUAUAUGUGCAUGUGCCACAGUUAAGUGUUCCUUGUAUUUAUUUUUCUUAUUGUGGCAAAAGAAACUAGACAUACAAAUCAAAUAACAUUUGCAUUGUUGUGGUGUAUGGUUCCUUUCUCAUGUCAUUAAACUUUUUUUUUUCAAGAAAACCAAAUUUUACAUCAUUUGAGAAGUGACUUCAUGUUCUCUAUACUUUGUUGCUCAUUGGAUAAAAGCAAGAUUACACUUAAAUGCCACAGGAUAGGUAAAGAGAAAAAGAAAAAAAUCUUGUUGACAAAUAGUUAUUUAAUAAUCCUUAAGCAAUCAAAGAACUGUUUUAAAUCAUCAAAUAUAAAUGUUCACUCACAGUUCCCCUCAUCUCUGUUUACAGGCCUUGGAAAACAAAAAAGCAAGCAGAUCAGGGUGCUGUUUCAUUCAUUGGGCUGCACUUUAACCUUCCACUGGUCAUUCCACCCCCCAAUGAGUUAUACCAUUCUUCUUAAGGCAUGAAAAUUCUCAGGGCCAGAUCCAUGCUUCAGGUGUCUGUAUGUAGUGCUAAAGGCAUCUGUGUAAUUGAAAAUACCCUUCUUGCUUGAAUAGACGGUUCAUUGACCACUACCCUUAUUUAUUUCCAAUUCAGUACUAGUUCCCCCACAAUGUUAAUUCUAAUGUCAUACAUCUCAGCUAUUUCUAUCCUGUAAUUUAGCAUACAACCAAAAUGGCAUCAUUAAAACAAUUUUAUAUUGAUUUUUAAUUGUUUGAUCGAGUGACUAUUCUUGAAAUCCUAGGAUUAUAGAAUUAGAGCUAGAAGGGACCUUAUCUUUCAUUCAGUUUAGCCCCUUAUCUUCCAGAUGAGGAACCAGGAGCCCAUAGAGGUUAAGACUCUUGUCUUAAGUCUCACAACAAAUUAGGUAUCAGAGGUAGAAUUAGUGUUCCUGAUUCCAUAUCCAGGGUUCUCUUUACUAGGCCAUGUUGAGAUGAAUGUAACCUAUGUUACCCUUCAUAGAUAAUACUGCAGACUGACCAACCAAUGGACUGUAUAUCCGUUCUUUGGUUCGUAGUGAUGAUUCAUUUCCAUGCAUUCUCCCCAUUUUUCUGUACAUUGCCAGGACAGCUGCAAAGAUUGUGAUCAGGAAACAAGGGGAAGUCCAUUAGACCCUCUGAGGAUCAAAUCCACAACAUACUUGGCUUACUGGGUAUCAAUACAUACCAAUCAGCCAGCCAUGCUAACUGAUGUGCGUGUGUAUAUUUUUCUUGGUGACAUUUAGCAUAACUGGUUAGAACAUGAUCGUGGUUAAAGCCAGCAACGUGAUUUUGACCCUAGUGUGGACUAUAUAGCUUUGCACAAAGAAACACUUGUGACGGCUGACUUCAGCCUCUGUCCAGAUGAGUGCGGUCUGUUGGCCCCUGCAGAAAGGCAAGAGUAUGGAUGAGCUAGCCCGAAUCCAUCACCCCUACCAUUAAAACGAGGAGAUCAGCACGGCCGUCUUCAUGCCUGCUCACCAUGACGUGUUGAAUAUUUAAGGUCAUGGAAAUACUUAACUAACGGGUUAAGAUUCCAGUUGAAUCCCAUUUAAAAAUUCAUGUUUAAAUCAGUGCAGCUCAUUUUGUUUGACUUUACGACAUCAGUUACAUGUCUCUGAUAAUCAGAAAUGCGGGAUACGUUUUGAAAUUUGUUACGGCGACAUGGCAAUAUUGAUAACUCUAAUGUGAAUGUUUCGAGUACUGAACUUCUUGUCCCUAUGGGACAUUUAUAAAGUAACAAAACUCUUGCAAAGUAGCCUUAAGAGUGUUAAUGGUUCCAUAAGUAAAUAUGAACACAUCCUAGUAUUAGCACAGACUUGACUCCUCAAGCUUAUUAGUACAUUGACAAUAUUUUAGAAGAUGGAGCUCUACUUAUUAGGUGUAUUUUUCUUUAGAAAGAGAACCCUAAAAACGACCAGUUUUCUAUUAACCUUGAGUUGUUUGGAUUCUAUUUAUUUAAUUUUAUUGUAUUUGUAACAAAAAUGCACCUUGUGGCCAAAGGGCAAAGAAUAUAAUUCAUUUCACAAAGGCUUGUUUUUCGGAGUUGAAUGUUUUCAUAUCCAUGCUAUUUACACUUGAAACUAUUGGUAGGAAAUUCACAAAAUCAGUAACCUAAAAAACAACAACAACAACAACAACAAAACAGCCAAAAAGAAAAAGAAGACCCAUUUAAAGGCAGUAUUUUCCAAAAUUAAGUUCUCCUACAUAGUUGUUUUGUGUAAAUUCUCAUUUUCCAAUAAGACAUGAACUGCUCUGUUAAGGAUAUCAGAUAUCCUGCUUUGUGUAUUUGUUUGUGUGAUUGAAUGACACGGCUGUUGUGGCCUCUGUUCCACAUUACAAAACAAACUCAAAACAGUUAUUCCAGAGUGUUCAGAUCUUCUUGAAAGUUGAACAUUACAGCCUUAUCUCUGCAGUUACCACUCUGUCAUCCCUUUUAUUUGUAUAUCAUUCCAUUCCCCUUAAUAGGGAAGCUGUAAGAGACACUAUUGAAAAUAUCUGUCUACACAUGGAGAAAGGUUUUGGAGGAAAACAUAUCAGAACAAAAAAGAAUAGCUAAGGACUGUAAUGAUGCCUUUAAUCUUCUCUUUCCCAAGUUCUUACUGAAAGUAUUAUUGUUAGCUCAAAAGACCAAGCUAUUAUUUUCUGAAUAUUGUUUCUGCUAUGCAAAUGUUGUUUGUUUAUGUUUGAGGUCCUCCACUCAUACUUUUCAGCAAACUUAGUUUGCAAACUAUUGUUUUAAUUUCUUUUAUCCCUGGUUUUGGGUUGUAAAUAGCCUACAAUGUACAUUGAAUUUCACAUUGUAAAAUUUUUAUUUUAUUCCUUGUAUUAUAUUAAGCAAAAAUCCUUAUGUAUAUGAAAGUGCAUAAUAAAUAUAUUUGCUUUUCAUUGAA